AUGUUGCGGCCGCCGCCCGGACGGCGCACCCACGCGUCGGACGACCUGCACCAGCUGUUCGACUGUGUGGUGGAUUCGGCAUCCAAGCAGCACUGGAGGCGGAUCGGCGCGCGUAGCGCGAAGGAGGCGCGGUCCUACUUCGCUACGACGCUGCGGCGGGCGUGGGGCGUGCACUUUGCGCGCGAGUUCGCGCGGCACCGCAUCCGACGCGUGGUUACACCAUCGGCCUUAAACGUCAAGUUCAAGGACUCGCUCUCCUCCAACCCGGAGGACGUCGGCCAGCGAGGCGCUUUCGUCGGCCUCGGCAACACCGAGCCCGGCACGAGCGCGGACGUCUUCGGCCUCGAGCAGCGCGGCGCUGUCGGGGACGGCGACUUCAGGCCGAGCGACGGCGGCGGCUAUAUGUACCUGUUCGAAACCUUCGGCGGGUGGUGCAACGCGGUCAAGCGGCUGUUCUACCAGAUGAAGGACAAGGUGCGCAACAAGCUCUCGAAGCGGCAGCACGAGGACGAGGCGAGCUGGUCGACGCGGUCGUGGCUCUUGCUGCAGGCCCAGCGCAUGUCAGUCGCGCUGCAGCUCGCGGCGGCGGAAGAGAUUGCGACCGAGCUCAGGCUCGCCGCGGCGUCGGAGGACGCCGCCGUCGCCUAG